GAUAUUAUAAUCAAAAUGUCUUUGAUUACAAACAAGUGACGAAUUCAUCAUGCAAAUGGCAGAAAAAAUUAUUUAAAGUAUAAAUACUUAAGCAAAUUUUACCACAAGCAUCAAGACUCUUAAUUGCAUGACAAUUAUCUUGUCGUGUUGCAUGACAAAUGCAUCAUGCAAAAAGAAAGUGCCAUGGCAACAUUGUGCUCAUAAGGUCACAUUGAAGACACGCCUAGGGCAGUGUGAACAGUGCAAAGCAUCAAACCGGUCGUUUGUUUGUUUGUGGUUGUGUGUGUGUAUAUGUUAAAUUAUCGGAGUUUUUGCUUGAUGUUGGGCAUCAAAACAAAUCGCGACUGCAGCAAUAUGAAAUUAGACGUCGCGUCGGGCAGAACACGACACGGCAGGUCGUAACGUUGUCAUGACAACGGCCAAAACCCAAACAAUGCCCAAGCUGAGGUCCAGCUGGCCGGGCGGCCAAUUGCGCGCUCAGCUCCACCUGUUGACCGGCUUCAUAGCGGGAUUCGUGUGCGCCUUCAUGCUGCUCCUCUAUAUCUACGAUGUCCACAACGGCAUCAACUGCUGGCCAACCAGCAGCAGCAGUAGCAGCCGCAGCUACGCCUUCGCAUCCACGCUGAGAAUUGCGCAGCAAACCUCGCGGGAUUCGGCACCAUCAGCUCGUGUGCUCUGCAUGGUGUUGACCUGUCCGGACUAUGUGGAGCGCUAUGCGCAGCAUGUGCACGCCACCUGGGGUCAGCGCUGCAGCAAACUGGUGUUUGUCAGCAGCCAGCACUAUGAGCCGCUGGGCGUGGUCCAGGUGGUCGAAUCUAAUGGGGGUGGCUAUGAAGAUUUGUGGAAUAAGACGCGUGAGGGUUUCCGUCACGUGUGGCUGGAGUAUGGCGAGCAGUACGAUUGGUUUCUCAAGGCCGACGACGAUACCUAUGUCAUCAUGGAGAAUCUGCGUCACAUGCUGAGCGCCUAUGAUCCCAAUAUGCCCGUCUAUUUCGGCUAUCAAAUGAGACGCUACAAUGUGAGUUACAUGUCUGGCGGCGCCUCUUAUGUGCUCAGUCGCGAGGCAUUGCGUCGCUUUAUGACGCAGGCUUAUGACUCCGGCAAAAUCUGUCCGGAGCCUAAAAAAAUGGGCAUUGAGGAUUUUUAUAUGGGCAUUUGCCUGCAAAAUGUGGGCGUUCAUUUGAUAGACUCCGCGCGCGCACUUUCCGAAGAAGACAAGCCAAAGUUUUUUCCACUGGAUCUCGAGAGUUAUUUGCACAAUUUUAAUGCCAGUAUUCCGGAUUGGUUGCGAGAGAUGAGCGUCUCGCAGAUAGCAACAGGCAACGAUUGCUGUUCGAAUUACUCCAUAGCUUUUCAUUAUACCAAGCCGGAGCGCAUGUAUCUAUAUGAAUUUAUGCUGUAUCAUUUGCGAGUCUUUAGUCGCAAGUACGAGGAGCGGCUGCCAGCUCGAAUUUUAUUUGCCGAAAUUUUAGAAAUGUUUCCAAUUGAGAACAAUGCGGAGAUCAGAGACUUGACACAAAUGCCCGAAAAGCCUGACUAUUUUUGAAUUUCUUUAAAAACUAUUUUAGCAUGUAAAUAUAUUUACAUAUAUAUGUCUAUGUGAUUUAAUUAUUAAUAAAUUAAUAUUAUAAUAAGCAUAACAAUUUUAAUGAGUUGAACUAACUAGUUAAGCCAAGUUUAAGCUGUCGUUGUUGCUAUUGAACUGUAUUAAAAAACAAAAGACUUAGGCAACAUACUAGUUUGCGCAGCGCGUGUAAUUUGAGGUAUACUUUUAGGCGCAGUAUUUGAUGAAAAGUUGUUGGGCCUGCUUACGGAAAGGCUUCUAUUGUAUAUUUCAGGUCUUGCAAAAUUAAACGAAUCCAUUAUUGCAUGUAUUGUAGUAAUUUUUAGUUUAAUGUUUAUUUCAAAUAUAAACUGAAUUAAAAAAUUAUAAGCACUUCG